GAACGCGAUGGAGAUGGUACGAUCGCUGCCGACCCCGUCGUGUGCGUAUGAGACACGAUGGCAUGACGCCUCCAGUCGCCACUAGUAUAUUUACUGACUUCCUCUGCUAAGUCCUGCAUCAUAUUCAUGUAUACGUCCUUCGCCGCACUCCAGAAUCAAGAGCCGGAAUCUGGCAAAGAUAGCGAAAUCGAGCAGCUGGUCUUCACGUUCAUCGCGUCUUAGGAAGAGCCUCAGCGAUGAGUACGCUAGGCAAAGUCCGCAUUGGAUACAAAGCUCCCGAAUUCCACUGCGACGCCGUCAUCAAGGGCACAAUCGAGGAAGUGUCCCUCAGCACCUACAUCAACGAGAACAAACCCUCCUGGCUGAUCCUUCUCUUCAUACCGGCGGCCUUCUCCUUCGUCUGCCCGACCGAAGUGCUCGCCUUCCAAAACUGCCUUGACGAAUUUCGAGACCGCAACUGCGACGUCGUUUUCGUGUCUGUGGAUACGAAGCACAGCUUGUGGCACUGGCAGAACGUGCCCAGACAGUAUGGCGGGCUGGGCCAGAUCGAUAUCGCGCUACUAAGCGAUGCGAAUCAUAAGAUGAGUAGGGAUUAUGGGGUGCUGAUUGAGGAGGAGGGUGUUUGUUUGCGGGGCAUGUUUAUUCUGGACGAGGAGGCGGUUGUGCAGCAGAUUACCCUAAACAACUUGACAGUGGGCCGCUCAGUCCUCGAAGCCCUCCGCCUGCUGGAAGCUUUCCAAGCCGUUGCAAAACACGGUGUCCUCUGCCCCGUCGACUGGAAGCCGUCAAACAACGCAAUGGAAACCAUCAACACUAUUUCCAACACGCUGACCGAGUCCUACGACGAGCGGCUCGCCAACCUGCAGAAAGAGUUCGGCGACACCGUCGUCGUCACCGACCUCGACGCCAAGCACAAGAGCGAAGGCGAAGAUAAGGCGAAGACCAACUCGCGGCAAUCCAGCAGCCAAAGCAACAGCAGUACCGGCGGUGGGGGCAGCGCGCAAUACAACGGCCGUGCGAGAUCGCAGUCUCACUCUACGGACAACACCCCAAGGUUUUCUUCCAACGACUGUCUACCUCGUCGGUCCUUCUCCUCCGCUCGUCCAGCACACUCUAUCCACUCCAAAUCCGCUCCGCAAAGCUUGAACACGACGCCCACACCCACGCCCAGUAGCGCCAGACCCCCGACACUAAGGAAAGAGCAUUCCCAGCCGAGCACAGCUCGCCAUUCAAGAGACUAAUCCCCCUCUCCCACAGGCCACUCUUCCGCGCCCUCCGCGCCCGCUGCCCGCCCCCAAGCCGCCCAGCGCACCAGCUCGAGCCAAAACCACCUACUCAGCCUCUCCAAGCACAACACCUACGAAUCCAGCCGCGGCUCCCACGUAAUCCUCGAGUUCGCAGACCCCACGUCCUCGCCGCAGGCCCAGGCUUCUUCUGCAAACGCUACACCGCAGUCAGCCUACCCGCACGGCCAUCCCUCGCCCAACUACACGCACUCGCGUUCACACUCCAGCGCCGCCUCGUCGCCGACG